CUUUGUCAGUGAACAAAAUGGCGUCUUACUGUUUGACAGUCACUAGGCUGCGGCUGGCCCUUGGAACUGGUGCAAGGCGCAUUCAUGUCUCCUCAGCCUUCAGCGCCAAGGCCAAGGUGGCCAUGAGCCGCUUUGAGCCCGGCUCCACCGUUAACUAUGAGAAGAUGCACGAGAACAUCAACACUGUGCGCAGGAGGCUUGGCAGGCCUCUCACGCUGUCGGAGAAGAUUGUGUACGGUCACCUGGAUGAUCCAGUGGGGCAGGAUAUCGACCGCGGCCGCACCUACCUGCGCCUGCGUCCAGACCGCGUGGCGAUGCAGGAUGCUACAGCUCAGAUGGCAAUGCUGCAGUUCAUCAGCAGUGGUCUGCCCAGGGUAGCGGUUCCCUCCACCAUCCACUGUGAUCAUCUGAUUGAGGCUCAGAUCGGAGGGGCCGAGGACCUGCAGAGAGCUAAGGAGAUAAACGAGGAAGUGUACAACUUUCUUGCCACUGCUGCUGCUAAAUAUGGAGUUGGCUUCUGGAAACCUGGAUCAGGGAUCAUCCAUCAGAUCAUCCUGGAGAAUUAUGCCUAUCCUGGAGUGAUGCUGAUUGGUACAGACUCCCACACUCCUAAUGGUGGUGGCCUGGGGGCCGUCUGCAUUGGAGUGGGUGGCGCUGAUGCCGUGGAUGUCAUGGCUGGAAUCCCCUGGGAGCUCAAGUGUCCGAAAGUGAUUGGAGUGAAGCUGACAGGAACCCUGUCUGGUUGGACCUCUCCGAAGGAUGUCAUCCUGAAGGUGGCUGGCAUCCUGACUGUAAAAGGUGGCACAGGAGCCAUUGUGGAGUAUCACGGGCCUGGAGUUGACUCCAUCUCCUGCACUGGAAUGGCCACUAUCUGUAACAUGGGUGCUGAGAUUGGAGCCACCACAUCCAUUUUCCCCUACAACCACCGCAUGAGGACGUACAUGGAGAAAACUGGCCGUGGAGAGAUCGCGACUGUGGCCGAUCAGUUCAAAGAUGACUUGGUCCCAGAUAAAGGCUGUGAAUACGACCAGCUCAUUGAGAUUAACCUGAGUGAGUUGAAGCCCCAUAUCAACGGGCCCUUCACCCCUGACCUGGCCCACCCCGUGUCUGAUAUCGGGGCUACGGCUAAGAAGAACGGCUGGCCCCUGGAGGUUAAAGUUGGUCUGAUCGGUAGCUGUACCAACUCCAGCUACGAGGACAUGGGCAGAGCGGCCUCUCUGGCCAAGCAGGCUCUUGAUAAAGGUCUGAAGUGCAAGGCCCAGUUCACAGUCACCCCAGGUUCUGAGCAGAUCCGUGCCACUAUCGAGAGGGACGGAUAUGCCAAGAUCCUGAGUGAUGUUGGUGGAAUCGUACUUGCCAACGCUUGUGGACCCUGCAUCGGACAGUGGGACAGGAAGGAUGUGAAAAAAGGAGAGAAGAAUACUAUUGUCACAUCCUUCAACAGGAACUUCACUGCCAGGAAUGAUGCCAACCCUGCUACUCAUGCUUUUGUCACCUCUCCUGAGAUCGUCACCGCCAUGGCCAUCGCUGGAACUCUCAACUUCAACCCAGAGACCGACUACCUGACAGCUCCUAACGGAGAGAAGUUCAAGCUGACUCCGCCUACUGGUGACGAGCUCCCCUCCAGAGACUUCGACCCAGGCCAGGACACCUACCAGCACCCCCCGACUGAGGGCACCUCGGUGAAGGUGGACGUGAACCCCACCAGCAACCGCUUGCAGCUGCUGGAGCCCUUCGACAAGUGGCACGGAAAAGACCUGGAGGACAUGAGGGUCCUUAUCAAGGUGAAGGGAAAGUGCACCACUGACCAUAUCAGCGCUGCCGGGCCCUGGCUGAAGUUCCGUGGUCACCUGGACAACAUCUCCAACAAUCUGCUGAUUGGUGCAGUCAACAGUGAAAACGAUGCUGUGAACAAGGUCAAAAACCUGCUGACAGGAGAGUACGGAGGUGUGCCCGAUGUGGCCCGCCACUACAAGGCCAAUGGAGUGAACUGGGUGGUGGUCGGAGAUGAGAACUAUGGAGAAGGUUCCAGCAGAGAGCACGCUGCCCUGGAGCCACGACACCUUGGAGGACGCGCUAUCAUCGUCAAGAGCUUUGCCAGAAUCCACGAGACUAACCUGAAGAAGCAGGGCCUGCUGCCUCUGACUUUUGCUAACCCCCAGGACUACGAAAAAAUUCGCCCUGACGACAAGAUUACAAUCACUGGGCUAAAAUCCUUUGCUCCUGGCAAGCCCCUGGCAGCAGUGAUCAAGCACAGUGACGGCAGCAAGGAGUCCAUCACUCUAAACCACUCCUUCAACGAGACGCAGAUUGAGUGGUUCAGGGCCGGCUCUGCUCUCAACAGGAUGAAGGAGCUCCAGUAAUAGGUGGAGACGUGGGAGGUGGGGCCUGUAGGGGCCACCGAGGGGCCUUGGCAUGGGUUAAGAAGGGGAGAAGUGAGGGCAGAGAAAGGGGCUUCGCAAAGAGGAAGAGACGAGGUGAACGGUAGACGGUUACCAGACCUGUUGGUUUAAAUGUUGGUGUAGGGACAGCUGUAGUCAUGAUCAGUUAAAGAAAACACACACACAUACACACACACACACAAACACACACAAGGUCGCUGCACAGAUGAAAAGCGCACACACACAUUGACAUGGGCACGCACAUGCACAGACAGGAUUACUGUGAAAGCACUCCCGGACGACAGGCAGAAUUACACAAACACGCUCAAAUCAAGCGCACAUAACCGAAGCUUAGCAGUGUGUGUGUGUCUGUAAAAGGCAGCAUCGUUCGUACUGGCAGCACUCCUCAGUUUAAAAUCAGAUUUGUCAAGCUCAGUUGUUCAUUGAGUGUUACCCUGCAGCGCUCAGCUGACUGUUUCACACACAGACAGUUGAAUGAGGCUGUUUUCCUAAAUCUGUGAACGAAUCUAGCAGUAUACAAACCUGAGUCAGACCCUGCAUUGAUAAAGUUAGAUUCAAAAUACGAUUAAAAUAGAAGUGGUGAAGCAGAGAUAACAGUUUCCUAAUAUUUAAUGACGAGUUAACAGCUUCCUGCUUCAAAAUCUUUAACUGCAAAGUCCGUCCAAAGACCAGACAAUUGUUGUUCUUCAUUAUGCUUCCUGUUUUAUAUUUGUCGCAGUGGUUUCCAUCCAUACAGCUCAAUAAGCUCACUGAGUUGUCCAACUCACAUGAAUGUACCUUUCCUUCAUUAUCUCCAGACCUGAAGAACAUUUCCACCACAUGUUCAAUGUGAUGCUGCAUUCAAAUGGAACUUUUGAGCUUGUGUUUAUGACAUGGGAAGCCGUGAAUGUGAGCUCAUGAACUCAGAGCUCUCAGAAAAUUCAGCUUAUGAAGCUGUGAACACCACAACAAGGAGGCGUUUAUUUGGACUCUUCUCGUGAGCGUGGUAAACACAACCCCAUUGGAACGCAGCAUACUUGAAAUGCACUAAAUAGCGACAAACUCCACAAGUCGUCCUUCAUUUUCCUCCUGUAGCGGGCUGCUAGGUUUGCCUUCAACUUGAACAAGUGUCGCCUCACUAGUCAUAGUUUUGAGCCACUGUGAAAACAAACUGCCAGGCACACUGACUUAUUUACUGUAAGCAGGAUCGGUUGAAAUCCUGUCAGCCCCUCCACUGUCACGGUACAACUGCAGCCCAAUCUAUCGUCACUCUGUCUGAGGUCUUGUUUUUUUAUGCAGCUGCUGUUGGACUUUUCGUUUUGACCUUGAAUCUGUGUACACUCCCUGCUUCUCUUUCACUGCACGAUCGCUCACAGGGCUGCAACGAAUUAUUGUUUUCAUUAUCGGUUAUUCUGUCCAUUAUUUUCUCUAUUAAUCAAUGAAUUGUUCUGUCAGUAAAAUGUCAAGAAAUAGUGAAAUUUCCCAUAACCCAAGUUGAUGUCUUUAAAUGGUUUCAUCUGACCAACUGUCCCAAAAAUCUAAAGUGAUAUAGUUUAUUAUCACAUAUAACAAAGAAAGGCAUCAAAUUCUCAGAUUUAGGAGGCAUGAAAUCAACAACUGGCCUCAUUUGCUUUAAAAUUACUAAAACGAUUAUUUGAUUGUCAAUUAAUUAUCUGUCAAUCAACUAAUUGAUUAAUCGACAAAUCAUUUUAGCUCUACUUGCUUGUUCUCUGUCUGUCUGCAUGAUAUAACACCGCAUUGUGUGACAACACAACACAUACCGCCAUUGUGUCAGCGCUAGCCUUGCUAUUUCUUUUCUUUCCAUCUGUGUUUUGUCCUGUGUGGGUGCGUGUGUGUAUGUGUGUGUUAUACAUGAUUGUUUUACUGGGUUAACAUCAGUGUGUGUUCGCAUCUGUGCGUCUCUCUUUGCUCACCCUGUCUCUCUUGCUGCUCUCUCUAGGCUGCUUCAUGCAGUCCAAACCACAACCUGCUACGUUUGGGGAAAUGGGCUGAAGUCAGAUUUGUGUUGCUGCACCGGGCAAGUUUUUUUUAUGUAGGAAGGAAACUGCGGCAUAACAGUGUCAUAAAAAAUCAGCCUACAAUGUCCGGAGAAAGCUCCACUUUUCUAUAGUAGGUCAUUUGUCUCAUCAACCCAAUGAAAUCCUUUAGGUCAAAGCUUCUCACACGUGAUAUUUUCUCUCAUUCUUUCUGCUGGUCCUUGCUAUCACCUGGAGCUGCCAGCGUGUGAAAUUGCCUCAUGUAGCUGUAACGGGAUCUGACAGGCUGUUUGUCUUGGAGUUGAAUGUUUUUUCAGGUUGAGGUUUGGUCCUCCAUAGCAUGAGAAAGCCUGCUGUCUUCUUACACAAACUAACGCACAAUCUAGUGUCCAGAUGCCUGUACACUAGCACUUUAUAGAGUUAGGGAAGUAGUUUUAGGUGUGCUUUGCCACGCUUCUUUUAUCCUUUGCAAACAUUUCACUCUGUAGCGCACGUCUCUGUCGUGUGUGACUCCACAAGACUGACAUACAACGCGUAACGUUCACUAUUGAUACGAGUUUUCAGUAGAAAAUGUAGAUUCAAAAUCAUUCUUGGAUUAAGUUUGACAUAAUGUAUACCUAGUGUGCGCCACUGAAACGCUGUGGUUAUAUAUUUUUGCGAGCUUAGGGAUGUUUGAGGUCAUUGCUGCUGUGUUUUAUGUAGGUGUCCUCUGUUUAGCUUGUCAUUAACCAGAAAGUUUAUAAAUCGGUCACUUCUUCAUUCUGCAGUCCAGGAAGUGUGGAUUAAUAAUUACACUUCCUGAGGUGAAUCCCUAUAUACUUAAAAAAAAGUCACUGAGUUUGGACCUGUGUGUAAAUGACGUGAUAUAUAGUUGCACUUUGUAUAGGGGUGUGUACAUAAAUGAUAAAUCAUUAUAUAUAGAUAUAUAUAUAUAUAUAUGAGAGAGAGAGAGAGUGCUGGUAACAUGCUGUAUGCUGCCUGUCUAAAUGAGAGCUGUUAACUCUGUUUGUGACUUCCUGUAACAUAAUGUCAUAACAUAGAGUGCCCUGUGUGAUCUUGAUUAAACUCAAGUUCCUUUAAUCGAAUGGUUUCACAAACCAGUUUUGGAUUGUGGGUUAAAUUAAAGCACAGGUGUCGGACCGUAGCUGUCGGCUGCAGACAGUGAAAAGGGACGUGUUAUUUCAAGAAAGGUGACUUAUUAUGUGUAUUUUCUUAACUUUUAGUUUUGUACAGAUAGUUUUCAGGGACAGAGAUGAUUUAGAAUAGCAGCAGCCCAACUUUUAGAGUCGUUUUGGACGUUAAUGACUCCACGUAGGGGUUAUCUGUUCAUAUAAUCAACUGCUCUUUACGAAUCAUGUUUUACAUCCUCAUUAAGAUCAUCACUUUGAUGGUUAAACACUGCUCACCAGUGUAUCAGAUUUACUGCCAAAGAUGCCUGAUAAAAAUUCUGAGAUGUUGGGAAGUAAUAAUUACCCAUAAAGGAGCUCUUUAUGAUAUUCAGAGCAUUAAUAUAGCAGAAAAACGAUUUGCUAUGUAAAGAUAUAGUAAUGGCGUCCUGACCAGAGAAUGUAGUCAUGUCGAGCUUCUCUGUCCUUUGUUGUGGUAGAUGGGCUAGCAGCAUGUUGGUGCAUGUGAGUCCCUGUGAGUGUGUCCAUCUAGCUAAUUGCUGCCACUCUGCACUGCACUCUUAUGGCGGUUACAGCUGAUAUCAGGAUGGCAUUGUCACUGAAACAUAGCGCCCACCCCCCUGUUCCCUCCCAGGCUAACACCGUUAGCUCUGCACUGUUGCCGUUGUUAGAACUGUUUGUUGGCUGCUAGCCUCCAGCUCAGCCGCCUCAAUGUUGAGAGCCGUGUGCAGACAACCUCUGAAUCAUAGAUCCACUCUGAAUAUCAUGAAGAGCUCCUUCAAGUUAUGUUUGAAAAAUUAACCCCGUCAGUAUGAUCUUUCAAAUAUAUAUGACUGUGCAUAAUUAUUUGAUUAUACACAGAGUUUUAUUCCCCACAGAAUUCACCAGGAUCAAUGUUUAUUCUUUAAAAAAUACUGAUGAAUUUAAUCUUUAUUUCUCCGUCAGCACAUUUAAAACAGCCGCUUGUGAAGCACUUAUCGUAUACUGUGAUGUAAGAUAAUGCUCUGUCGUUCACUGGUUGAAGCCUCUGAGUUUUAAAAGCGCUUCUGUAAAGUGACAAAUCAGAUGUUUAUGAAGGCAUGCCUGUUGUGUGAUUUUUGUACUCAGGUGUGCUCCGUUUGGUCCUCCUGGAUGUGUGUGAUAUCUGUUUUACAACCUGCUUCAUUUUGUUCAGGUACAGCAGAUAAAUAAUAUGAACAGAUGUUUUAUCACAGUGAUGAUUCCCCUCACACUCCAGUAACAACAUUAAACUUGACUUUAUAUAAGCAGAUGAUUCAAAACGCCCACAGUUGUAUUGCUCGGGAGAUUAAAGUUAUCUUGACAUUUACAAAAUAACUGGUAAAUUAAUAAAGAUAAAAUUGUGAAGUGA